CGUAUAAAAAGAGAGCUAACCAACCUCCGUACCCGUUCUGCAACGAAACUUGGUUGAAAGCGUAUCUGAUUCGCAUUACCGCAACAUUGUAGACCCUUGAUCUAGCCUUAAGAAUCUUCAUCACCAUGGACAAAUCAACGCUCAAGGCGAACAGGCCCAGCUUCCCCCUCGGCGCUACCACCCGCAUCGGCCUGGGCAAAGCACUCCUCAUCGGACUCGGCGCCGGCGUAGUCGGCGGCCUUGCGAUGACAUUCAACCAAAAGCUCGAACAAACCUUCAUCACCAACCGCCCCAAUUCGUACGUGCCGGGAUACACCCUGCUGCGUCUCCUUCACCGUCCCGUUCCGGCGUCCAUGUCGGAGCUUGUGGCUUGGAACCACGCUAUGCACUGGGGCGAGGGAUUGGUCGCUGGCGCGAUUCGCGGUCUCAUGGCUUACAACGGGAUCGCUGGCCCUUUCGCCUCUUUCAUCUUCACGGGUGUGAGGUUGUUGAUUGAUCAGUCGUUGGAAAACCUGACCGGUGUUGGGGCCGCGCCUUGGACGUGGCCGUGGCAGGAACAAGUGCUGGAUAUCGUGCAUAAAGCGGUGUAUGCUUUUGCGACGGGCUAUGUGGUGGAUCGGUUCGUCGUUGGGUAUCGAUACAAUUGAUUGAUGUGGUGGACAAGUUCCGCAUCUUGAGGGAGGAGACCAACAUGGAACCGACGAGGUUCUCGACGGAUAGGAUUAGCAUCUGAUUGGAUUGGAGGUUGAUGCGUGUAUUAUAGAUCGCGAAAUGAAAGAUGUACCCUAACGCAAGAGCUUCGCAUGAUCCCCUAACCCAAAGAAGCUCAUCAUUGAAUGAAGCCAUUGAUGGCGCCGAAAAAAGAGAGAGCGAAGACGGCACGCCCCUUUUGACUGAGUCCGUGCGCUUCCUGAUGAUUAUGAAGAGGCUGCUGCAGUAGCUGCAGCAGGAGCUCCACAGUAAAGAGGCGUGGAGCGGCUCACAUGCAAGUGAGCGGAC